AUGGUGGAAAGCAAAAAAAAAUCUGAGCAGCACUUUUUUGUGAGUAGAAUCUCAGAAUCUCAGAAUCUCAAAAUCUCAGAAUCUCGGAAGAACAGAGUCUCAGAAUCUCAGAAUCUCGGAAGUUCAGAAUCUCAGAAUCUCAGAAUCUCAGAAUCUUGGAAGAUCAGAGUCUCAGAAUCUCAGAACCUCGGAAAAUCUCAGAAUCUCAGAAUCUCAGAAUCUCAGAAUCUCAGAAUCUCAGAAUCUCAGAAUCUCAGAAUCUCAGAAUCUCAGAAUCUCAGAAUCUCAGAAUCUCAGAAUCUCAGAAUCUCAGAAUCUCAGAAUCUCAGAAUCUCAGAAUCUCAGAAUCUCAGAAUCUCAGAAUCUCAGAAUCUCAGAAUCUCAGAAUCUCAGAAUCUCAGAAUCUCAGAAUCUCAGAAUCUCAGAAUCUCAGAAUCUCAGAAUCUCAGAAUCUCAGAAUCUCAGAAUCUCAGAAUCUCAGAAUCUCAGAAUCUCAGAAUCUCAGAAUCUCAGAAUCUCAGAAUCUCAGAAUCUCAGAAUAUCAGAAUCUAA